GUUUGGUUGACAUUUCAUCAGUCAUACCUGUCAUAUUUUAUGUUUGUGAUUGUGAUUUCGCUUAAUUCUCAUCCAAAAAAUUCAAGUUAUUUUAAAUUGCUUCUGCGACUUUUUGACAAUGGUGGCAAUUGACAUCGUCCGGUACUUCAGAAUAUAAUGUCGAGAAAGAGGUUGCGAGGAGAAGACAAUAAAAAGUUGAACAUAGAGGAAACUAUGAGCACGUGCAGUGCAGGCGCAGGGGAGGGGAAGGGAAGUGCUCUGCAGGCACAGAAUGGCAGUGACACCAGCUUCUGCAGCUCCAGCCAGACCCUUGAGCCCGUACAGUCACUGAGGUUGGCGGCGCCGUUCAGCACGGACCCGAUGGCGGUGGCGGAGCGCGAGCGCUGCACGUACGGGCGCGUGUCGCGCGCGGCGGCGGCGGCGGGCACGGCGGGCCGCCGCGUGCGCGUCUACUCCGACGGCAUCUACGACGUGUUCCACCAGGGCCACGCGCGCCAGCUGCAGCAGGCCAAGGCAGUAUUUCCCAACGUAUACCUGAUCGUCGGAGUGUGCAACGACCAGCUGACGCACAGCCGCAAGGGCCGCACGGUCAUGACGGAGGACGAGCGCUACGAGGCAGUCCGCCACUGCCGCUACGUCGACGAGGUGGUGCGGGACGCGCCUUGGGAGUACGACGAGGCGUUCAUGGAGAAGCACAAGAUCGACUUCGUGGCGCACGACGACAUCCCCUACACCACCGAGGACUGCGACGACACCUACGCCUGGAUUAAGGCCAAGGACAUGUUCGUCGCCACCGAGCGCACUGAAGGCGUGUCGACGUCGGACAUCGUGGCGCGGAUCGUGCGCGACUACGACAUCUACGUGCGGCGCAACCUGGCGCGCGGCUACUCCGCCAAGGAGCUCAACGUCUCCUUCCUCAACGAGAAGAAGUUCCGCCUGCAGAACAAGAUGGACGAGCUCAAGGACAAGGGCAAGAAGGUGAUGACAAACAUCGGUGAAAAGCGCGUCGACAUCCUGACAAAGUGGGAGGAGAAAUCUCGUGAGCUGAUCGACACAUUCCUACUGUUGUUCGGGCCGGACGGGCGGCUGUCGAGCAUCUGGAACGAGUCGAAGGGGCGCCUCAUGCAGGCGCUGAGCCAGCCGCCGUCGCCGCGCGCGUCGCCGCCGCCCAGCGAGAACGGCGACGACUCGCAGGACCGCGCGCUCGCGCUCGCGCUCGCCGGCGAACACGCGCCCGCGCCCGCGCUCGCCAGGGCUCUGGCGCACGCGCGCAUGCACAGAAGCUCAGCGUCGCCCCCGCCACCCAAGUCGCGCCGCUACGAGACGCUGUGGGAGCCACAAGCAGGUAACUGGAUGCGUCGAGCUCUGAAGGGCUGGGGGCGGAAGCGGCCGCACUGCGCCAGCUGACGGACGACGGCUCGGACAGCGACGACGACUACCACGACACCAGCGCCUACCUCUAGGCUCACACACACACACACACACACGCCGGCACCGAUGUACAUUGAACCACAAUUGAAACAAGGAACAGCGGCAUUACGUUAGAGGUGGUACACGUGUGAUAAGUGCACUCGUCUGACACAAGAGUGCCGCCGCUCUGAGGUUCAGAACCGAUAGCACAAUAUGUAAAGCCUGGCAAAACGGACAUAAAAAGUGACGACAUCGUAGUGCCGUCCCGUUUUCUUACAUACUUUGAUUUGAACGAGACGAGACGACACUAUGAUACCAUUUUUUGAUGUCUACUCUUUUUGACCAAGCUGUAUAUGAAAUAGUAACGCCCAUAUAUCUGUAAAAUCCUACUCGGGUAAGCCUGGGCUACUGCGGUUACUGAACUAUCAGGGUUCUUGAUUAGCAGGUUUUACAGUGUGCAUAGAUCUGUUAUGGUAUUUUUAGGUUUUAAUAUUUCGGGCACAAUGUAUAUAUGUGUUUAGGCCGUGACUACAAUGUAAUGAUUAGUCCUAUAACCUUAUUUUAAGCCAUCACGAAUUAUUCUAACAUAGACAGGGGCCAAUCUGUACUGUACCUAAUUUAAUGAGCUAAUCAUGGGUAGUUUACCUUAGUUCCUAUAUUCAAAAGACUAUGCCAAAUCUCAUGCUUUUUAUGUAAUGAUAUGCGUCUAAAUACUAUUCCAAAAAUGGGGCCCAGUGUUAGGGAAGUAGUCAGCUAUACAAAAUAUAGGUUCUCACUUGUCGUCAUAUUAUGUAGAACGUUAAGUAGUAAUGUACAUCGCUGCCGCUCGAGUGAGUUACAAGAUAAUGUACAAUGCAGAAGAUAUUUUCGAGCUGUUAUUUAAAUUAUUUUAUAGAGUAUGUUACGUCUGGAAAUUUUGUAUGAUGUUUGACUUGUUUGAGUACAAUUGAGUGAAUGUAUUUAAUAAUUUUAGUCUUAAUAACCUAUUAUUUAUGUUUCUAUAAUAAAAAUCUCUUUAUAAUCUCGUUAGAUAUGUACAGGGCACCUGUAGUUUUUUUAAGCACCAUGAAACAUUAAUUGUAAGGUGUACUCGGGUAAUUCCGAACGUCGAAAACCGUCGGCAAAUUCCGAAAAGGGAGGGUUCCUUUCUUACUAUGGAAUCACGGGUGAUUAUCAUUUGAAUUUCGGAAUUUUCCGACGGUUUUCGACGUUCGGAAUUACCCGAGUACACCUUAUCGGUUUUGUC